UGAGGGAAAACUAGCAAAAUAUCGCGAGUUGUUUGUGAGUCGUAACGCUUGUUGACUCUGCGUUCGCUUUUCGCAUUUCGUGUUGGUCUGUUUGGGAAUACGAACGCACGAAUAAGCAAGAUACUUAAUAGAGUUGCUAAGAAGCAAAUACAUUACAAAAGUGCAAUCAGAAAUAUUUUAUAGUGAUUUUAAUCAGUAUUUUAUUGAAAAUUAAAAUGAAUAAAGUGAUUAUUUUGUUUAUUGCGACGUUUUGUGCGUUUGUGGUGGCUGCUCCUGCUAAUAAUGAUCAAUUAGACAAGGCAAAUCUAAACAAUCCAUACGUAAACGAUGUGAUUGCAAGCAACAAAGCAAAACUACAAGAAGUAUCAGCACCAGUAAAACAACCAGAGGACACAACAACAGAACCCCACAAAGAAUUCAAUCCGAAGCCGGCCGGAACAGCGUUCGUGCGUUUGAUUGACGAUAUUUUCCAGAUUCCGAUCGGUGUGUUGCAAUCCGUUGCAAAACUGCUGACAAAUCCGUUUAAACAAAUUUUACAUCCGAAAGAGCAUUCGACACCGCAAGAUGGCGCUACCAGUACCGCAUAAGAAGUAAAUUCACAGCAUUAUUUGUAGCUUAAUUAAUAAUAUAGAGUUUUCUUUAAGAAACGUUGAUGAUUUAUUAAAAAUAAUAAAUAACUUGUCGAAUUAGAUGAUAACAAUAACCAAUUAGGCAAUACACAUACAUUAAUUAAUUUUUACACGAAUUUAAAUUGUUUACAAUAAAAUAUGUAGUUGGAUGUA